AUGACAUCUGAAAAAACAAGAAUCGUUGGGUCAGCCAACGGUUUAGUAUGUCUGAAUCUGAAUAAUCAUAAUGGUAUCGCGAUUGUUAUAUGGAAUCCAGCUAUUAAAAAAUUCAAACCAGUUCCAAAAUCUCCAUAUGUCUCAACCCUAGGUAAACUCACUGUAACGGAUUUAGGGUUUGGUCAUAACCCUAGAAACAACGAUUACAUGAUCGUUAGACUUCUAAACGUUGCUACGUCUAGGAGGAAGUAUGAGGUUGAAAUUUACACGUUGAGUACGAAUUCUUGGAGAAAAAUAACGAGUGAUGGACGUGUUUUACUAGUUAUACGACCAUUCUGGAAGCCAAUGGCUCCCGGAAUGAUCGUAGUAAAAGGUGUAGCUUAUUGGGUUGGUGUUGAAGUUAGAAAUGAAGAAAUGUGUAGUGUUGUUGUUUCUUUAGAAAUGAAUAGUGAGGAAUUGAAGUUUAUUUUGCCACCAAUUGAACAUCAUGGUAUUGUGGUUGACCUAAGGGAAGCAAUAACCCUAAGACUUUUUAAUUUAAAUGAAACAUUGGCUUUGAUUUAUUCAACAAAUCUUGAAAAAGUUGAUAUAUGGAUGAAUAAUGGAUUUGAUUUAUGGGUGUUAGAUGAUAAAAUAAAGAGUUGGAGUAAAAGGUUUAAAGUUGAACCAAUUCAAGGGUUUUUAUUAGAAAGUGGAUUUUGGGAAAAUUCUAAGGCAAUGGUUGCACAAGAGAGGAAAGAAAUGUGUUAUGAUGAAAAUGGAGAUUAUGUUUAUACUAAAGGUGAGACUAAUUUAUAUUUGUAUGAUGUUAUUAAAGGUGAUUUUGAGAUUAUUGAAAAUCAUGAACUACGUGCACCAUUUCAAGGUUAUAGUUAUUUGGAGAGUUUAGUGGAUGUGAAUGGAGGAGUUGGUGUUACAAAGGAGGUUGAUUUGUCAAAUUUUUUGGAUUUUGAUCCUUUACUUUUUUGA